AUAUUUACGCGAAAUACAUAUAAAAACCAUCUUUCUCAUUUUAAUAAUCAAUUAUUUGGUAAAAAUUUCUCGUUGUAUAAGCAUGAAACUGUUCUUAAUUUUAGGAAUUGCAAUAGCAUUUCCUUGUUUGGUAUUGUCUGAUAACUGUCAUUCAAGUGAAUUCUGCAAAUGCGUAGAUAUAGCACUUGAUUGGUUAGACACACUUGAUAAAGGAUCCAUACCCGUAACUGAAAAUGAGGUUGAAACAAUGUGCACCGAACUUGAAAAGGCUUUUACUUGUGCGGAUAAGUUCAUUGAUGCGUGCGUAACACCAUUACAAAAAGAAUUAAUCGCUCUGACAACUGAAGGUUUGCAAGACUUUAGGCAUAAAUUCUGUGCAAAGGGCUCUCCUCUGGCUGCAAAAUACAUAGCUCAUGCACCAUGCCUCAAUAAGGUGUCUCAAAUGAAAGAAGUGAGAGAGGGCAUGCUGUAUCUCCUAGCAGCCGUUGAGAAAUUUAAAGAAGUCCCUGAUGAUAAAAAAGUAACUUAUGCAUGCUGUGCUUAUGGAAAAAUACACCACGAUAGCCUAGACCUGUUGAAAAAUAAUUGUGACGAAGCAACAGUACAAACAGACAAGGAGUUUACUGAAAUGAUAUUUGGUCAAUUGCCUGAAGUCAUAUGCAAUGGAUUUACUGGAAAAGAAGAAAAAUGUAAAGCCGUUUUACCACCACCUGGAUCUACGCCAUCGGAAAGCCUGAAAGGAACAGAAGUAUAUACUCUACUAAAAAGAGUUUUCAGAAACUGGAUUGAAUGAAAUUUACUACCCACUAUCAAAUUGUUUUAGAAGAUUCUAUUGAUGUUACAAAAGAUAAAAUAUAGUUUAAUGUCAAUA